AUGGGGCCCAGUCGAUUAGUGCAAGCUAUACCUAGUAGAAAAUGCGAGAUAUCGGAUUUCAAUAUCUUUACUUUGGUGAAGGAAGGAAAGUUUAACCGCGAAUAUUUGGCUAGUUGUGAUGGCGAUAAGCAACCGCAAAUUUACAGGAUGAAAUUUAUACCUAAACAAGUUAGAUAUGGUUCAGAGACCAUUGAUUCAAUUCGUAAAUUUAAGACCGAAAAAAUGGUCUUAGAAAUGGCGACUAGUUAUUCAUUUUUGAUGGGAUUGCAUGCAUCAUAUAGCCUUCCCUUCGGAUACAUAUUAGUAACAAAGGACAUUGGUCGAAGGAAUUUAUCUGAUUAUAUUGAAGGAAAGUCUAUCUUAAAUGGUCGUAUAGCUUUUUAUGCGGCCGAGAUUAUUCUAGCAAUAAACUUUUUACAUAGAAACGAUAUUGUACACAGGGGCAUAUGCCCUAAGAAUAUCUUACUAGAUAACGGUCACAUUAAAUUAUCUAAUUUUGCAACAUGCAAGAAUCCACGUGAACUACUUGGUUGCGAUCCAGGUAAUUAUCCAUGGGACAUUAUGUUCCACAGCUAUUUUAAGGAUAUAAAUUGGGAAAUGCUCGAACAAAGGAAAAUAAAGCCACCUCGCAAACGAAAGCGAAAAUGA